CGGCCCAAAACAACGGAGACGAAGGGGAAGGACGCAGCCAAUCUCUCGCUCGUCAGCCAACACACACCCCUACGGCUUGUGCUCGUCGUGCCUUCUUGCUUGGGAGCAACCUCUGACGUCCAUGCAAACACGGCCACGAGAUCACGUCUCGGUGCAGCUCGGUGGUGGUGGCGGUGGUGAAUUUGGCAACCAGAGAGCGUGGAUGGCGCGAGGGCGCAAGCUGGCAAUUGUGGUCAUUUGCUUGAUCGCCCUUGCUCUGUUCGCUUUUCCUGGCACAGCAACAAACACAAACCACCCCGAUGUUCACCACCAACGCGCUCGCGAUCUGAGUGGGAGCAGCACCGAGUCCUUGCAACAGCAGCUGCGCAACUCCCUGCGCCGGCUUGAAUCGGAGAAUGUUGCAUUGCAAGGCGUCAUCGACAAAGAAACACAGCGGCUGCGUGAGCUGCAGCGAGCUGUCGCCGAUGGCAGCGUCCCUGUAAGACACGACGGCGCACACCAACAGCAGCAGCAAGCCGCUGCCCUUCAGCCACCACAACAGCAACAACAGCAACAACAACAACAACAACAACAGCAGCAGCAGCAGCAACAUGCACAGCAGCAGCAGCAGCAGCAGGCGGGUAAUGGCGGUGCUGUCACGAACCAUGCAGGUGCUGCGUCGCUGGGACCAAAUGGCCUCAACAUCCCCACACCUGCACAGCACACAGACAAGCAGCGCGCUGUCGUGGACGCCUUCCGGUGGGCGUGGAAAGGGUACAAGGCGUACGCAUGGGGCCACGAUGAGCUGCUGCCGGUCACCAAGGGCCACAACGAGUGGUUUGGGCUCGGCCUUACCCUCGUCGAUGCGCUCGACACCAUGUACCUCAUGGCGCUCACCGACGAGUACAAGGAGGCGCGGGAUUGGGUGGCGCAUGAUCUGCAGUUGGACAAGAACGUCGACGUGAAUCUGUUUGAGUGCACCAUUCGCGUGCUCGGCGGGCUGCUCAGCUGCUACGCCCUCACAGGCGACCCCCUCUACAAGAACAAGGCCAUUGAUCUUGGGCAGCGGUUGUCGCACGCGUUCAACGAGAACUCGGGUGUUCCCUUCUCCGACGUCAACCUCCAGUCCGGCAUCGCCCACAAGCCGCGCUGGGGCCCAGACAGUUCCACUGCGGAGGUGUCCACCAUCCAGAUUGAGUUCAAGUAUCUCGCACAUGUGUCCGGAAACCGCAAAUUCCACGACCGCGUCACGCAGGUGAUGGAGCACCUGCGAUCGCUCCCGAAGAAGGACGGCCUAGUCCCCAUCUUCGUCAACGCCAACACGGGCAGGUUCAGCGGCAACACCAUCACGCUCGGGGCGCGCGGCGACAGCUACUACGAGUACCUCCUCAAGCAGUGGCUCAUCACCGGCAAGCAGGAAACCGUCUACAAGAGGUGCGUGUGUAGCUACGCCGGUGAUUGGAGCUGCGAGGUGAAAGUUGUCGUCGAGUGGAUGCCAAGCGUGUGGCUCGCUGCAUUGUUAUUGUAA